AAAAAAUACAGUCAUUCAUUCAUGUUGUCCCGUGGUCAUUUGUUUUGUGAAAUAAAUUGGAGAUUUUCUUAUUUUUCAUUAAUAUGACUUUUAUUGGACCAACUUGAGGAUCUUUUUGCAUGAUUAUUAUAAUCAUUGGACAGUGUUUGUGAUGGAACGGGGUGGUGCUGGCGACAUGGGCCGUAAAGCCGGAGAAUUCGUCCGGCGUAUCCAAAGAAUCGUCGAUGGACCUCUAACUAGGAAGAAACUAGUGUUAUUGUUCCUUAUAGUAAUAUUUUUAUUGUUAUACGUCGGUCCGGGUCUACUAAACUGGCUUUCCGCAAGUCCAGACGCGGCAAGUUACGAAAAUGUAUGUCAGAAGACGUUUUUGGGGCCAUUUGAAAACGCCUUGAAAGACUACGAUGUUUAUGUCAGGCAGGAGACCGCUGCGACGCUGUCUUCGCUCAGCCAAAGCUUUGUGCCUUAUGUAGGUAAUGGAAUAUUAGCCUUGACCUUAGAACAUGAUGCACAUUUGAAUAUAAAGCAUGGAAGAUCAUCAGAAAACAGCCGGCUCUAUAAAUACAGAGGUCUAUCUUUACCAUUGAAUUAUCACCCCCUGUAUGUUGUAGAAGAUUUCGAAAUGAAAGAAUACACAGUCACAGAGUAUAGAAAAGGUAUAGUACAUAGAUUCCAAUGUAGUGGCUCUGGUAUACAAAUCUCUUACAAGUAUUAUGCUCAUAGAACUAUACCAUCAUUGUUUGUACAACAAAUUUAUAUAAACAACCCAACUAAGAAAAGUAAAACACUGAGAAUGAAAACACCCAGGGUAUCAGAAUGGCCAACCUCAGUGAAACAGACAAUCAAAUUGCAUCAAGGAGUGGACACUAAAGAAUAUGAUGUUUUUACUGGGAUGAUUGGGUUGCCAGAGAGUGACAACGUCAUUGCCGUCUCAGUAGUGUCUCGAAAACUGUCUGAUAUCAUACAAGUUGCUGCCAAAGAUGCGUUAGACAUUUUAGUUUUGACAACAGUGCAAUAUAGUAAUCCUAUCAAACAAUCGGAUUAUGCUAAAGAGAAAGAUAUUGUGGAAAAGAAAGCUAUACAGGAGAUGGAGAAGAUUAUUGGCAUGACAUGGGAUAGAUCAUCCAUUCAGACCCUACAGGAGAACCAUGCCAGAGUCUGGCAGGGACUUUGGUAUACUGGCUUCUACAUAUCAGACUCAAAAGCCGAAGGAGUGAUAAAUGGAGACAGAAUAAACGCAACUAUUUAUACAAUUCUGUCUCAAGUUCAUGCUUACGAACAUGAAGAGCAUAUAAAACCAGCAAGAAAAGCAGAAAUAAUGCAAACAUUGACAUAUUCAGAAGGCUGUUAUGAAGGGCAUUCGACACUUGAUGCUAUGAAAUUGUGGACACCUCUGAAUUCUUUGGAAAAUAUUAACAAGGUAGCGAGUUUGUGGCUGUUGACAUUGGAUAAGCAAGGAUGCCACAACCUUUUAGCAGCUGGAGCGAGCGGUGUCAACCAAGCGAUGGUAUUAAGCUUUGGGAGUUUACGUUUCAGCAACCAGCACUUGGAAUACAACGCUCUUCCGUCUAAGUUGCACAGAGACUUCUUAUUCCGUCGUAUUACCUACGGCAAUAUGACGCAUGUGAAUAUAAGCGUGACGGUGCAAGAUGACAACAAAGCCGUCCUCCUAGUAGCACUAGAUCGUUCUGAUAAAAACUAUUACGCAUGUGACGCCGGUUGUUUAGAUGCGCCAGUGCAAUUGGGUCCAUAUCGGAAGUUCUUCCCGGUCAAACAAACUAACCCGCAAACAGCAAUCCUGUACAUAACUGCUGAUAAACAACAUAUGGAAGACUUAAGGCACGCUAUUCACGUGGAUCGAGUAGAAGAGGCGCCGGCGCAUGAGCAUCACGUGAUCGCCCUCCACAAACACGGAAGCAGUAUGGGGGGACUAAACCCUCUGUUUUGGGUGACAAUAGUAGCAAUAAUAAUUGUCUUCCAUUUAUUUUUGUGUAAAAUAAUUAUGAAUGAAUUUUGCGAUUCCGGAGUUAGUUAUCGAAGGCUGUAUAACAAACCUUGAAUAUUGGAGGCUAGAAUAUGAAAUUACAUAACUGCUGUCCCUGGGUAGGAUGACUGAAAAAUAUACAGGCUAUCUAAAGAACAUUGACUGCUUCUCAGCUUGACUGCUUUAUCAUACUAUGAUAGUAUUUCAAAAUUAGCUAUUUAAUUUUCAUAAUUGAAAUCAAUCGUUUUGUAAACAUUGAGUGUCAAAGAAUUUAUUGAGCAGCUUUCUAACUCUGCAGCUUGAUCUCACAAUGAUUCAUACUUCUUCAGUUUGGUAUAUUUAUAUGUUUUCUGUUUUACUAUUUUAGGCAGUUUAAAUGUAUGAUGAAAGAAGAGUAAGCUGUGUUAACAAACUAACUAUGUUUAUGUAUGGUUUGCACAAUUAGUCUCAAAAUUAUUAUUAUUAUACAAAAAUAUCUAACUAAUUCAUAUUUUUCUAAUCAUUCACUGCUUAUGAUCUCGGAGUUUCAACAGUAAUUAUUAGUAUUUAAUUUUUAAUUAAAUUAAACAGAAAAUGUGCAACAUUAUUAUUUUUUUGUCAUGUUGAUGAAUAAUAUUUAUUUAACUAACAAAGUGCAUGGUCACUUGACCUGUACUUUUUGCCUCCAUAAGGUCUUUUUGAUUGCAACUGCAACAAAGCAUGAAGGUCACUUGUAAAUAAGACAUUGUUUGUGAUUACGACUUUCGCAUUUCUUUAUAAAAUUAUAUUAUUAAUUUUCAUGUAAUGUUCGUUAUUUCCUAAAAUAUAUAGAAUGCUAAGCUAAGAAAGAGAUAUAUAUUUGAAGUGUAACGCCCAUAGUGGAACCAUAGAUAAGAUAAAAGUUACUCACCCAGUUUCAGUUAGCGAGAUAUACACUUAUUUUGUAUACAUGCAUGUUCACAGAAUAAUAAAUUUAAACGUCGCAUAUUUUUUUGAUAUAGUUUAUUAGUAUAGUAAACAUUGUUGUUUAUAUUUAUAAAUGAAAUACCUUUUUUCUUAAUUUAAAUUCACUCACAUAGUUUUUUUUUUCAAAUACCAAAUACCAACAUUAUUUCAAUUUCUUGAAAAGUUUUUUACCUGUCACUGAUCACCAUUUAUCAUUUUUUUUAUUAAUGCAAAAACAUUUUUUGCACAUAUGUUAAUUUAUUUUUAAUUCUAUAAGAAGGAACUUCUUUUACCAUCUUCUGAAUGUACAUAACAUAUAUGAUACAAUAGAAAUUGUUGUUAGAUAAAUUGGUGUAUAUUUUAUUAAAAAUAAACUACCGACUGCGUUA